CGGUCACUCACACACACCACCACCCACACUCGCUCAGUCAGUCAUUGAAGACAGAGAUGGCUAAGCAAAGUUGACCAUUGGACCCUAGACUUCUUGUCAGCCAGAUGAACACACACAAACCAGCCCACAAAGCCAAGGCUAGGCAUCUGUGCUUCCUCUUCCUCAUGUGCUUCCCUUUGGCGUGGGGUGGCGUCCCUGGUCCAUGUCGGCACUCUGUGACCAAGGGUCACCUCCUCAACCUCAACUGCCUGAUUGAUAAUCAGUUGGAGAAUGGCUGGUCAAUAACCUACGUAUUCACUGAGCGCCAGAGUUUGAGUGAAGUCUGUUACAUCAAAGCAGCAUUUCCACAAAUCCUGGAGCUUCUGAACACACACUUCAAGUAUGUCAGGAAAUCGGACAACGGGCGCUAUGUCAAACUCCUGAAAAAGGUCAUAUAUGACCUCUACUCCCAAAACUGCAUACCUGAAAUUAAUGAGGAGAUUGAGGACACCCCAUUGAAGUUUGUCAGAGUGCACAGCACCUCGCCCAGAGAGGCUCUGACGAAAGUCCGGGGGGUCAUUGAGAUGUACAUGACCCUGAUGGCCAAGAGCAACGGGCCCGUCGACUGGAACUGUGAGCAAGAGUAUGCAGAGGAUUACCAAGAAUCCACCACUGCCCUCCCCACCCCCACCGCAGCUGAACCUGAACCUGAACGCCGGUGUACAUGUCCGACAGUGGGUCCGGUAACCCCUGAUGUCUCCCUGGUGUCCCACAGCGUAUGGAGCAGUCCCCCACAGCCCACCCUCUCCCAACUCACCUCGAUUGUGCCUCCCAGGCCGACUCAUCCAUCCCUGGGUACCAAGGGCGCUGAGCCCCAGGUGUUCCUGGUGAGUUCUGGUACCGUAAGACCCCCCUUCCCCAGGGAGCUGCAGCGGACUGGCCCCGAUGGACGUUCACUUGGAGGGGGCAGAGAGGGGGAUAUACACUGGGACUUUCAUCCACCUUCACCCAAUGGAACUGAGUCAGAUUCGGGACUCUACCAGGCAGUUGCUGACACCCCGUCUGCCACGAAUGAACCUUCCCCGUCUUCCCCUCCUAGUCUGGUUCUCCUGGGGACCGUUGGCUCCCAUGACGAGACAUUUUACUACCCCCAGACUGAGAGGAUAAGGGAGACUUCCACAGCCCGACCAGCAGGGAGAGGAGCAGCAGGCUCACCCCACAGUCACUUCUCUGUUGCUGGGGCCAAGCUGAUCACACCAGUCCCUUUCCUUUACAAGUUGAUUGGCAUCACCCCCAGUAGUGAUGAGAGCACUGCCUAUGUGUUGGCCAAGAGGUCGCUGGAUGCCAGGAAUUAUGGAAUACUUCAGGAUUGGGUUUCAACACAGACCCCUCAACUAGAGGACACUAGAGAAAAAUACCCAAGCACAGAGAGAUAUUUACAUGACUGGAACCCUCCGAUUGAAAGCACUACGACCGAAGCAUCUCCCGGUUUGAAGAUGACAGUGGAGGAGCCAGACAAACUACACACCACUACAGAGGCACACGACCAAGUCAUGAAGACUGAGCCAAACCAUCCUAGGACAUCCUAUGAGGAAGUAUUCAGCACAGAUAUCCUGUCAGAGAGGACAGCUGCAGAUGAUGCUCCUAUUUCAGAAAGGUCCAGUGAAGGCUCAGUGAAGGAAUUCCGGCAUGGGAAAACUGGUCAUUCCGAUCUAAGCAUCUCCUACCAGACAGCCUUUAUCAUUGCAGCAGUGUGCAGCGGACCAGUCCUGAUCAUUACCCUAUUCUGUCUCAGUGAGAAGAAGAGACUCCAAGCACUUAUCCACAGUACCAGCAUAAUUGAAAACCAGAGGGCAUGCAGCAGCAUUGAGGACAUUGAGCUACAAUAUUGUAAAGCCAAGGAUUGAGAGAGCUGGAUUGGUUUAACCUGCCAGUAAGAGAUCAACAACCACGUAAUUCAUCAAACAAGAGAAGACAUGGAAAUUUGGCAACUAUUUACCUCUUGUGAAAGUUUUCCAUUUUUGUAUAUAAAUAUAAAAAAAAAUUCUAAAGGUACCUAUUUUUAUACAAAUUAAGUUUAUAUUGCUUGAAAGAUUUAACAGAGAAUCAUAUGCUCUCCAAAUUACACAAUAUCUGCAUGCUUCCCUUUUGCUGUCAAAAAGGUUUGAGUGAAUUUAUCUGUUACACACAGCGUUAACUUGACUCUCAACGACUGUUUGGACAGUUUCAUGCACACCACACACACAUAUUUGAUCUUCCAUGAAAUAGAAUGGACCAAACAAUCCUCCAAGUUUUGACCUAGUAGCCAUCAGCGCAACAGUGCAAGUCAACAUUAAACUAAAGGAAGUCUUUCCAUGUGACUGAAAGAGUCUCAUGACAUUGUUCAAUGGAGUUGGGCCCCAUGAGCCAAAGCAAUACAAGGUGUCAUCACCCCAAGUGGACAGAGGAUGUAUUUUUGGAGAUCAAUAGAUUGAAUACAAAACAGAUUAAAUACAAACAGAACACCCAUAGUUAUUUGUUUUGAGUGUACUCCCUACAUGCCAUGCAGCAUACUAUAUGAAUUUGACUUCUGAUAUUCUCUUGUUUUAUCCCUAGCAAAUGAAGAAAAGGAUUUCAAUAUGUCUCUCAUGCCAUGAUGCCAAUGAAAUUGUGUUAUAAAACGGGUCAUUUGGAUACUGGAUGCUGAUUGGUUGAGUUAGUUAUUCACAAUAAUCCAAGACAAAUGCCAGUUCCAUUUUGAUUAUCAUUGUGCAUCAUAAAACUUUAUAUCACAGUAAAAAAAGCAUCUACACAUUAUUUCCCUUUACUUCUAGCCUAUCAGUUGAUUUUCAACAGCGGAGAUGUAAACAUGCUUGUUUAUUGUUGCCUGAAAUGUUUUAGACUAUAGGAUACCUAAUCUUACGCUAUCAAAGUUAGACAAUAUCGGCCUACUUCCCUUUUUAUUGUGAAAAAGGUUUGAAGGAAUUCGUCAGUAAUUAUUGUAUACCAGUGGUCACCAACCUUUUCAGUCAAGAUCACUUUGAGUCAAAAUGCAAGCACAGAUCUACUGCUUGGAUUAUUUUCAACAUAGCUUAAAAAACGUAAGCCUAUGCAACAUUAACCUAUUAAAAACAGUACUGUCGCCGUAAGGUUUGUGUAGUAGGCUAUAGGGCCAAUACAUUAUCACUGCAUAUUGGCUUUGCUUGAAUUGCCUUGCCAAUUAAUUGUUGUUCAGAUCAUUUAAAAUAUAUAUAUAUAUUUGAGGUAGGCUCCAUGAUCACACCCUGUAAUAAAUAUUUUUCUUUUACUGGGCUGAUGGUGCCUGCAUCUGAUGGUCAGUCUCAGCGGAGGGAGAGCUGCAGACUGAGGGUCCGCCUCUCAACGUCCCUUCGCUCUCCCAUUCUUCCACUGACCAAAAUGGAACACUGUCUUCCAGCUGAUGGCAAAACUCGAGUCACACUGCAUUAUUCCUGCGUCAUGCAAAAAUGUAUGUUGUUACUCCUAUGAACAAAGAAAGUGAAAUGUUCCUUGAUAUUAAAAAAAGACCAAAGCCGCUAAUAAUAACUAAAAAAGCUUAUCAAUACACUUCCCUACUCAUUCAUUAGAGCUCCAGUAUUUGUAGUGCAAGUGUUAAAUUCCCCAGCAAGAAAAUCAAAAAUGGUCGCUCAAACAGAAAGGGGAACUUACAAAAAGUCAGUGACAACAACCAAACAAAACAAGUGAGGUUUUAGGAAGGGUUCGGGAAGACACUCAUGAGGUUGUCCACAGAAAGUUGACUACUGGGACCUAAAAUAAACCCACAAUGAGCACCCACUAAAUUAGCCCAAGAAGAAGCAAAAACCAAAGAAAAUCCACAUGAAAACGUAAAGAGGAACCAACCCAAAAAGCGGAGCAAAACUAAAACGGGGACGACCAGAUCAAGGCUUGUUUUUCUAGAAAUCAGAAUAGGGAGCGCCAACUAAAGGUGUUGAGCCUCCGUCUCUCUCAAGAACUUUAACAUGAACUCGCUCAUAAAAACAGCAGCUCCUUACAGUAUUCAUUGACAGUCUCUCUCUAGUCAUGGUUUUAAACGUUUGGAAAUCUCACAGUAUCAACUUCACUGUAGCUUUUAUUAAUGCCUGCUACAUUACUGCAGAGAAAUCGCAGCAAUCCGAUUGGCCAGCGGUAGGCCUAUAGUGCACUUGAUUUGUACCUUCAGACACAUGAAAUGGUUCCACAUUUAAAUCGGAACACCGCCUACAUAAACGUUUGGUGACCGACUAGAAAAGCCUUAGAAAUCAACCAGUCGAUUGCAAUCGCCCGGUUGGUGACCACUGUUACACACAGUGUUAACUUGACUCUCAAAGACUGUUUGGAUGGUGUCAUGCACACCACAUAACUUUGAUCUUCCAUGAAAUAGAGGAUUCUCUGUCACGGAGAAAAUAUUAUAGACGUCAAGAAAGCCAGUCAGUUGAUUAUUGACAAGUUGUUACAACACAGUGAGGAUCAGCUUGAUAUCUCCCUUUAAAUAAAGGACACGCCGUGGCUGCCUUCCAAGCAAUACGAACCUCCCCAGAGAGGAGAAACAGGUUAAAAAGGUCAGAGAUAGGCUUGGCGAUGAAAGGGGUAGCAAUGUUAAAUAAGAAAGGGUCUAAACCAUCUGACCCAGAUGGUUUCUUGGGGUCAAGUUUAAGGAGCUCCUUUAUCACCUCGGACUCAGUGACUGCCUGCAGGUAGAACAUUUGUAGCAGGGCAGGGGAAAAAAGAGGGAGGAGCAUCGGGGCUAGUCACAUUAGAAGGGGUGAGAGAUGAGGAAUGUUGGACAGGCAAGGAUGCAUGGCUAAGUCAAAUUGAAAUCCUGACUAAUGAAGUGGUGAUUAAACAGCUCAGCCAUGUGCUCCCUGUCAGUAACAACCACAAAAUCAACAUUAAGGGACAUGGGCAGCUCUGAGAAGGAGGGUUUAUUCUCCAGGUCUUUAACCGUUCUCCAGAACUUCUUGGGGAUAGACCCACAGAGAGAGAAUUGCUCCUUAAAGUAACUAACCUGCCGGAUACCCUGAGUGCACUUAUUUCUUAUUUGCCUAAACGAGAGCCAGUCAACCUGAGUGUGUGUGUGUUCCGAGCCUUUAGCCAAAUGGAAUUCUUGAGGUGGAGUAACUCUGCCAGAUCACUGUCGAACUAGGGGCUGAACUUGUUUUUAAUUCUCAUUUUCUUUAUGGGGGUGUUUUUCUUAACAAUACCACUGAAAAAAAUGCCAGGUCAUGAAGGAAGACUUGCUCAAUAAAGUUUUUUAGCAAGCUUCUAUGACAAAUCAGGACAUGCCAUUUCACUAAGCAGCCGUUACAAUCACACAGGCAGUAAAACAGUGAUCACUAAAGUUAUUACAGAAAAACAAGACUGAUAUGUCAAGACUGAUACGAUUAUUUGUGAGGAUAACAUCAAGGAGAGUAACCUUUUCUUGGUGUUUGGAGUCAUACCUUGUGGGAUUGGUAAUAAUCUGAGAAAGAUUUAGGGAGUCCCAUUGCUUUAGGACUUGUUCAGGUGGUUUAAGCAUUUCCCAGUUUAGGUCACCUAGCAGAACAAAUUCAGUGUUCGUGUAAGGGGCCAUGAGAGAGGUUAGGGCAUUUAGGAUACAGGCCUGUGCUGAUGGUGAACAAUAGCUUCCAGCAAAAGUCAACAAAGAGCUACUUGAAAGGUUAAUGGUUAAAACCAGCUAAUCAAAUUUUGGGGGGACAGACUUGCUGCAGACGACCGAGCACUGAAGGUGUUCCUUGGUAAUGAUUGCCACUCUACCACCUUUGGAAGACCUGUCUUGCCGAAAAAGGUUAUAACCAGAACGAUUAACGACAGUGUUCAAAACACUAUUUUUUUAACUAUGUCUCAGUAAUGACCAACACAUCUGAAUUGGAGCUGUGAACCCACACUUUCAAUUGAUCCAUUUUAGGUAAUAAGCUUCUAGUGUUAACGUGCAGAAAACCCAGGCUUUUACGAGAGCAGAAAUCAGUAAAUCAGAUAUCAGAGCACAAGUGAGAAUAGGGGCCAGCAACAGUAGAUGGGCCAGGGUGUACAUGCACAUUUCCAGAUAUCAUCAGCAGUAAUACAAUCAGGGCAUGGCAGAGGAUAGGGAGAGUUUGGGGUGUUGAUUUAUGACAUUUGAAUGUGCAUUAGAUGGCAACAAGACCAUAUUGUACAGCAAUUUCAUCAGGUAAGAUGAAUACAAAGCUGGCGAGAGGUGGUUAGAACAGGAUAGGUGGCCAAGAGUCUGUGUAAGUGUCCUGAGUGUGGGAACAAACAUAUUCUGUCCCACGGCCGGGUAACCAAGCAAGUUCAUAGCCAACAAAGCAUACAGGAGUCAUGAGGCAAACAACAUAAAGCACAAUAAAAUAAAAAAUAGUCAGUGUGCUGGAGGUGAGCGAAAGCUUGGGCGAGAGGGGGGAGAGGGGGGAGUGUGGCGAGGGUUCCUGUACCAGACAGGGGGAGACAGGCCAGGGCAGACGGUGAAUAGAUCACCAGGUGGAAUCCAAGCAGCGGUGCAGCAGGCAAUGGGAGUAGGUGUCACACCCACCUGUAAAAAUAUUUUUUCGGGAGGCAGAUUCCUUGUAGAAAAUCCAAGCUAGCUAGCUAACGUAGCUAGCAGGUCUUGGUCCACCAUUUUUUUCCACGUUGAAAAGGAAGUCAUUACCUACCUAUAGCUUUUCAGUUUCAGCACAUCUCUUCACUUAACCCUUGUGUGGAGUUCAUGUUUUUGUUAUUCACCCAAUGUUCGCAGGUCUGAUGGACCCAUGACAUUAUUGGGUUUUUAAAACAAUACAGCCAUAACAAUUUACGUAAAAAUACCUAAUACUUUGAUGUUGACUAAUAUCAAUGGUUAAUAUUUUCCAUUUACAGUACAUGUGAUUUUUGUAAACAGCAGUCAUUAUAAUCACAACAAGGUUUUCAUCACUAUUGAUGUUUAUUGUUUCGAUCUGAACAAAUUGAAAGGAGUAAUUUAACCAACAGUAUUUUAUGUAAAUUACAAAUCAUCCCCAUUGAACACAAAUUAUGGACGGUCUACACACCACGAGGGACAGAGUUUUACUGUGUGUUGCAAAUGUAUUUCUUAGACUUUAUGCAUGUGCACUGUGUCUUCCUGUCCUUCUUGGGCCCACACACAUCACAGCGCUUCUUCUUGUUCUUGUUCUUCUUCUUGUUGCUUCCGGCUGCAAUCUAGAGUGAUGUCAACACUUAGUUCAGGAAUUUUACUAACAUCUCACUCACAUAUAUAGUUACAGCAGGCCAAGGUAGGAGAGUCAGAAACACACAAAUGCAACAUCACUCACACAUACUUCCGGUAUUGGAAUUGUUUGUUCUGUGGGUCGGGCGGAUUGGGCACCAGCAUCCUCCUCCUGAAUCCUCCUCGCGAUGGCUGCAGAAGUUGAGAUCCUUGGGAUAUGUUGCCUCCUCUGGAUUUCUGGUCUUACCGAUGCCUUGCCCAGCUCCUCGAGAAAGAGCCGUCUCCACCGGAGCUUCCCUCUGUUCAAAUCUGGGCUCAACGCGUUGACAAACGCGUUGUAGUGCGAGAUGUCCAAGAUGUUGAAGAAUAUGACAGGUGGCCAGCGUAGGGUUCUUCUUUUGCAGCUGUAGCCAGUCACCAGCUUGUAUAAGUUGUCCUCCCCUCCAUUUGUAGCAUUGAAAUCAAUUAUGAUUUCUGUUUUUUAAUGUUCCUGGUCACAGAUUCUCCCAUCCCUAUGCAGCGUCCUCAUCAGGACCACAUUUUUGCCUUUCUUUGGCACGUGGGACACAUGGGACGUGUUGGUCGUGGACACAAACUUAGAGGAAUUGAUAGGCCUGUUCUGUGUAUUCGGCAGCUGAAGUGGGAACUUUGGCUUGUUUCUUUUAUACUGUUCCUACCAUCAUCAGCUUCCUCUUGAGGAGCUCCUGCCCCGGUUGUGUGAAGUAAAAGUUAUUUCAUGUGAUGUUGUGGCCAUGGAGUCCCUGUCUCAUGUCAUGGUUUUUCUCAGGGGCUCCUCCUGCUGGCUUCCCUGUAUACACUUGCAAGAUCCGAGCUGAUGAAGCAGCAUCACAGGCAACCCAGAUCUUGAUUCCAUAUUUGUGGGUUUAGACGGUAUAUACUGCCUGAAGGGCCAACAUUGAGCCCAGGGUGGUAAAACAGGGGAGGCUGGUCCACCAACUUGUCGCACACUGACCUGAUUGCAGCUAGCUUGUCUCUCUGCCGCCGAGCUGGUCUGGUGUCUCGGUUAUCGAAGUAGAUAAUCCUGGAAAUAAUGUGGAGAUUUUCCAGAGACAUUGUUGCACUGAAAAGUUCUCUGCCAGUUUCUGCAUCCCACAGGAAUCUGUGGAUUCCCCAUUGGAUCUGAACACACCAGCAAGGAUAAGAAUCCCACAGUAUGCAUUUAAACGAGUUUGGUCAAUCUCCUUCCAUCUCUCCUUCCAUCUCUCUCCAAAAACACGCCUUCCCUCCAAAUUAGUGCAGUCCAGAUUUUCUGGAUGGUGUCUGGGAUGAACAGUUCAAAAUUAGACUUUAUGUCCUGCGCAUGAGUAACCGCCAUCACGGCCCUGGUAUCAUUCUUAUCACAUUGGCAGGCAUGUCGGGUGGCUCAUUCCAUGGGCAAGAAGACUAUUCAAUGUCACAAUUUCUGGACAUCCAUAUUUCUCCUCCUGCAGGCUGCUGAUGAGCUGGUUGCUGAUGGACUGGUCCUGGGGCUGGCUAAGGGUCAAUCUUGUCCUCCUGAACUCCAUAUUUGGGAAAAUUCUUCAUCUUCCAAAGUGGAGGAUGCUCCUUCCACUAGCUUCUCUCUCUUUCUAAGGCCCUCUGAGCAGAGAUUAUUUUUGCCAAAUUGAUUGAUUGUGGUUAGGAGCCACACAUGCAAAGCUAUUUUUUAAAUGUUUUUUAACAAUGUAUCGAAAUAACAUUGUGCCUCAUCGCGCAAGACACUACAAAGGGUAAAGAGUGUGAGAAAAGCAGGAGACAGGCAGGUUAUUGGUGCAUGUUGAAACAGAAGGCCCAGGGAGGAGGAAGACAGAGUGAAGGCACACUUUUUAACUUGUUUUCAGAUGUACACAGACUUUUCCACACUUGUAUUGCCCUUGGAUCCAGUGGACACGAACACCACAUGUGUAAUAAAAAGGUGUAGGGAGGUGCACAGUGUGUACUCAAUUAAAAUGUGUUAUAUUACAUGUUCUUCACAGAAAAUGAGUCAAGGCCAAUGAGUCUCAAGUUGAACAAAUAAUUCAUUGUAUAAUUUUUCUGUUUGUAAACAGGAAAAUGGGUCCCUCAGACCCAAACACCACACAAGGGUUAAGUGCAUUUACUUUUGAUACUUAAGUAUAUUUAAAACCAAAUACUCUUAGACUCUUUAAUCACGUUGUAUUUUACUGGGUGACUUUCACUUGAGUCAUUUACUAUUAAGGUAUCUUUACUUUUUCUCUAGUAUGACAAUUGGGUACUUUUUCCACCACUGCAGUACAUUAAUACAGUUCACACUCAUAAACAUUAGCCUACUGGAGUUAGUUUCUUGUAUUUACCCAAGUGAGCAUGUAGCUAGCUACACCUAUGGGCUUUUCAAUUGUUCUGUUGUGUGUAAUGUGCAGUAGCCUAGAUCAUAUAUAGAUCAUGAAUUGGAUAACGCCACAAUCUUUUGGGCUUGGGCUCAUUAAAUGUCUUUAUUGUAGGGCUCAUAAAAUGUAUUUCAUGUAUGGCUUAUCAGCCUCAGGUAGCAUCCGGCUUUUUGAUCAAAGCUCUAAUCAAAUCCAGACACAGGCCUAUUUAUACGCGUUCUAAUUCUUUUGAAUGACCCUUCGGGUUUUGAUAGGAAAUACUGUGUUGUCCAGAAAAAAAUAAAUGUAUUCUCUGGAUGGAACAUUUGUAAAAAUGUUGGCUGAUGCCAAUGAAAGUAUAUGCUAUAAAAUGGGUAAUUUGGAUAUUGGAUGCUGAUUGGUUGAUAUGUGUUAUUCACGGAUUAUCCAUUUGAAUUAUUAAGCAUUUUAAUUAUCACUGUGCAACCACUGUCCCACAGCCCAGUCAAGCAAUUCAUAAACUUUAUCUCCACUAAUAAACAUUUCCUAUUACUUCUAGCCUUUCAUUUGAUUUUCAAAAGCGGGGGUUUGUAUAAGCCUUGCUGUCUGCCUCUCCAAUCUGUGCAACAAUGUUGCAAUAGAAAUCAAAUCAACGUUUAUUGCCUUAGUUGAAGUUGUUUGUAGAGCCGUCAAAAUGAGGAGUGUUGUACAAAACAAUACCAUCACUGAUUGGAUCAUCUCUAACCAAUCAGAGUAUCAAAUGCUGCUUUACCCAAGUGUUCUGGCUCUGGCCCAACCCAUCAGUUUCUGGGACCAAUCAGAACGGUUAGAAUGUGUUUGCGUUCUAGAAAUCAUCAGGGAGGUACUCAGAUCUAGCCUCAUUGCAGAGAAGAAACAUAUUGUCCGUGGGUGUGGCAUAGCGUUCAGCCAGAGCAAGGAGUUUGGGUAGCAAGCAAACCUCAGCCAUGGUUUAUUCACAAUAAUCCACUGGUUCUCAUGCAUUAUUGCUUAAAUAACCUCCUCUGUCAGUUUGUAUACUUCUGUUUGUGAAGUAAGGGAAUACAUUUUAAGUUCUGAUAAUUGAUGACUGUGUUGAGAAACUUUUACUAGCAUUGGGCUUACACACUUAAAUAGAAACUGCAAUUCGAUUUUCAGUAUGUUACCUAAAUUCUGAAAUGUUUCAAUAUAACCUGUGCCCUGUAAUAAGUGCAAUUGAACACCAUUGAAGUAAUAACCCAUGUGUUUCACCAUCGGAUGAUCUUUUAUUUCUGAAAAAUGUGAUCAUUACACAAUGUAUUAGAUAAUGGUAAUCCACACUAUCAUGUAUGUAUUAGAUAAUGGUAAAUCCCAAGAUCAUGUAUGUAUUAAUAUUAUAUAAUGGUAAGCCCCUGGAUCAUAUAUGUACUACUUUAAUUCUGUAUAAAAUCAUAGUAAUAAUAAUAAAAAAUGAUUGUUAAGAUUGA